AUGGCAGGGCCGACCGCUGUCGCAAAUAACGCAGGCCCAGCUGCAAUCCCGCCCGUCAUGCAAGCUGCAGCAGAUGCUCGCGCCACUGGUGCUAAGCAACGAACAUCAAGAACAUCCAUUCCCACCCAAUCUGGAAAAUGGAUUCUAGGCAAGACUAUUGGCGCUGGUAGUAUGGGCAAGGUAAAACUUGCUCGCAAAGAAGACGGCACAGAACAGGUCGCUUGCAAGAUCAUUCCGCGAGGCUCUACCGAAGAUGGGCAUCACAGUCGAGCCGACAAAGAGCGGGCUGAUCAAUCGAAGGAAAUUCGAACCGCACGCGAAGCUGCAAUCGUUACCCUGCUACAUCACCCCCACAUCUGCGGCAUGCGAGAUGUAGUUCGUACCAACUAUCAUUGGUAUAUGCUCUUCGAAUAUGUCAAUGGUGGCCAGAUGCUUGAUUAUAUUAUCUCCCAUGGAAAAUUAAAGGAGAAGCAAGCGAGGAAGUUUAGCAGACAGAUCGCAAGCGCUCUUGACUAUUGCCAUCGGAAUAGCAUAGUGCACCGCGACUUGAAGAUCGAAAACAUUCUGAUCAGUAAGACUGGAGACAUCAAGAUUAUCGACUUCGGUCUGAGCAAUCUUUUUGCUCCCCGAGGUCACCUGAAGACGUUCUGCGGUUCUCUCUAUUUCGCAGCACCUGAACUCCUGCAGGCACGAGCUUAUACUGGUCCUGAGGUUGACGUAUGGAGCUUUGGUAUCGUUCUAUACGUGCUAGUUUGCGGCAAGGUCCCCUUCGAUGACCAGAGCAUGCCCGCUCUGCAUGCUAAGAUUAAGAAAGGACUUGUGGAUUACCCUAGUUGGUUAUCUAACGAGUGCCGACAUCUUCUAUCCCGCAUGCUUGUCACCGAUCCAAGACAACGUGCUACGAUGCACGAAGUCAUGAGUCAUCCGUGGAUGAUAAAGGGAUAUGGUACGGCGCCCGAGAACUACCUACCCACUCGCGAACCCUUAGCACUACCUCUAGAAACUGAAGUCAUCAACGCUAUGACUGGUUUUAACUUUGGCCCCCCCGAGGUAAUCAGGGCUCAACUUACUAAGGUCAUCGAAUCCGACGAUUACAAACGCGCUGUAACACUGUUACAAAAAGAGAAAGAAGUGCCACCCGUCCCCAAAGAUGUGGAAAAGAAGAGAGGGUUUGGAUUUGACUUCUACAAGAGACGCAAUUCUGGAAGUAGUCGUGAUAACUUGUCGACUCCAAGCACAGAUGCUCUUCAGAUUGGCGUCGAUCCGCUCAACGCCUUUAGCCCUCUGGUCUCCAUCUACUAUCUUGUGAAGGAGAAGCAAGACCGUGACAAGGUAGACAUGGUGCCGAAGUCGCAUACACCGAAGAACGUUGCCGACUCUCCAAUACCAGAGAUCGCACCUCCUCCCGAGGCGCAUACAAAUACUGCAGCUUAUGAGAUGGCUGGAGAGAAGGCGACUGGAGGACGGUCAAGGCCUCGUGCUAGAACCCAUGGAGAAGAUGAUGCACCAGAGGAUAUCAAGAAGGCCAAUGCAACGCUCAACGUCCCCCCUCCCCCAGAAACGCCCGUUGAUCUACCGCUUAAGAGGGAAAGCACUGCUGCAGGUAUCCUUAGGCGAUUCAGCACCAGGCGUCGAAAGGAACCAGAGAGGCUCGAUAAGGAUCGCUCUCACCCGCCCGUUGUCCACGUCCAUUCUCCCGCCGACCCCCCGACGACGCCACGUAAGAGCUUUAGUAUACGGAGAUCAAGGCGUGAGCGAGAUGAUGACAAUACUCCGGGAAGGUUACGUUCCGGGAGCAGUCAGCCGCAGCAUCGGGAUCUACUUAGCCCGCCGCUAUCUGCCGGUGGCAACUUGUCUGGAAGCAAUAAGGGCUUAGGGCGCUCGACCAGUGUGAGUUCGGCUGAAUUUCGCAGGCGACCUUUCGGAUCUGCCAACCGGAUCCCUAAAGAACCGCCGCCAACUAGCGGCUCUGAUCAGUCGGCAGCUACCGACAAAGUACCUCCGGAGCCUAAGAGCGCGUUGAAUCCCCGUGCUACUUCCAUGAGAGCAAGACCGCUUGGCCACGCUCGUAGAGAGAGCAUCCAGGCACGAAGGCUCCGUAGAGAAGGGGCCCGAGCUGCCGAUGUCCCCGAAGAGACAGACCAGGAAGUUGGCGAGGCCAGUGGAAACUCGGCAGAGCGCUUGGAUGAUUCAGAGUUAGCUAAGCCGGUCUUCUUAAAGGGCUUGUUUAGUGUUUCCACCACCUCGACAAAGUCAGUACCUGCUAUUCGUGCGGACGUUAAGAGGGUGUUGACGGAGCUUGGCGUCGACUACACAGAGAUCCGUGGGGGCUUCUCCUGCCGCCACAUGCCUAGCAUUGACCUCAAAAAGGCUGCCGAGGCGGCGGGCAGCCCUGUCCCGACUCCAGGCCAUCGACGUAGGUUUAGUUUUGGCAUUAGAACGGAACGAGAUCGUGAUGAGAUCCGGGAUAUGUAUCGAGCCCCCCCAACACCACGAACACCCGGAAGACACGCUGACCGAAGCGACUCGGCAUCAGAGCUGUCUGACCCGGAGAGCAUUCAGCGGGACGCAACCAGUUCGUCCAGGCGAGUACCGGGUGAGACGACUACCCAUGUCCAGAGCGACUUGGGCAGCAACAUGAUCUUGGAAUUUGAGAUAUUUAUCGUCAAGGUUCCGCUUCUCUCGCUGCACGGAAUUCAGUUCAAGCGUAUGCAGGGAAACACAUGGCAGUUCAAGAACAGGGCGGAUCAAAUUCUGAAGGAGCUGCGGCUAUGA